AUGUCUUUUGUGGCAUUAGUACGGGAUCGGUAUGUGAAUUCUUAUAACAAGCCUAACAUAAGUGGCGUCCAAAUAAAGGUAUCCUCCAGUCAGGUAAACCGCAUUCCAACCCUUGAAGAACUCACCGUUGUUUCCCUAAAAAACUCAAACUUAUCAUCUUCAGGCCCAGAAGGCGAAAUCUCAAUGACAUGCCCAAAUAUAAAAGAACUCGAUAUCUCUGAAACUUGUAUCACAAAUUGGCAAGAGCUUAUAAACAUCUGCAAACAGUUAAACGUAAACUUUACCUCAGGCCCUUGAGUUUAUUGAUAUAGGCCGUUUAAGACUUGAUCCUCAAUCUUUUGCUGAUAGUGAUAGUGUAUUUGAAAAACUAAAAUGGCUAGUUAUGAAUCGUGUAAAUUUGGGGUACCAAGAGAUGAGAAUUAUGAGCAAAACUUUCCCGAAUAUAGAAACCUUGGUCCUUAGGGCAUCAAGAAUAGAUUUUAUUGAAGUUUUUAGGGACUGUUUUCAGAAUGUUACAAGGCUAAAUUUGGGGAAAUGUGAUAUCAGGGAGUUUUCCCAAAUUGAAGCUUUAUCUGUAAUGGAAAAUCUGCAAGAGCUGAAGCUAUAUAAUAACCCAAUUGCAGAAAUCAUCAAUGUGUCACAUUUAGAUGGGUUUAAAAAACUGAAAAGAUUGAAUUUGAGUUUCACUCAAAUAUAAGAAAAUAUUUGAUUAAAUCAUAAAAAAUUAAUAUAAAAAUUUAUAUAUAAAAAUUUUAAGGUGUUUUUGGUUAUAAUAUAUAGAUAUAAGAGAUUUGCAAUCAAUUUACAAUUUGAAUAGUUUCCCAGUUUUAACUGAACUAAGGAUUAAUGACAGCACAUUUAGUGAGAGAUUUAAAGAACAUGCUAGGAAAAUCUUGAUUAAUUAUCUACAGAAUAUAGAAGAAAUCAAUGGAAGCAAAGUUUCAGUAAAAGAAAGAACGACAGCAGAAAGGCAAUUUUUAAGAGAUUUCAGUGAUCCUGCUGAUAUAAGUAGACAUGUAAUGCAGCCAACCAAAGAAACUUUAUUUGAGUGGCUUAUUCCUGAAGAAAUCCCAACGAAUAUUCAAGUAUUUGAUAAAGUUCAUAGCAAACAUGGUAAUGUGCUGAAAUUUGCUGAAGUAAAUUUAUACAUAAUUAUAAUAUAUUUCCUAUCAGAUAGCAAAAGUCACUAUUAUUAAACUUAGAUACUUAAAAUAAAGCCAACAUAAAAUAUAAUAUAAAGAUGUAUAGCACCGCCCACAGAAGCAUUGGUGCAUAUAAGGCUUGAGGAAGGCGAAUCUCAAGAUCAUGUUGUAAGUCUCAGUUGGAAAGUCAGAGACUUGAAGACUUUAUGUGAAAGAAUUUAUGGGAUACCAAAAUCAGAACAAAAACUGUUCUAUGGAGAUCAUGAAGUGAUGGAACAUCUUGGAUUUGACUUGUUGAGGUUUGAUAACCAAAAUCUGAGUGCACUCAAUUUAAAAGAUAAUGACGUGAUCUUGGUAAGAAGAAAAGAUUAA